AUGAUGCAAGUUCCUUCUGGAAUGCAGCUCAUGCAGAUUCUGACUCAAGGUGGCGGCACUGUCACUGUCCCUUAUUCUAUGAAUGCUAACGGUGAGAUUGCAUUCAGUGGAAUGCAACUCAGCCGACAAGGCUUCAGUGGUGCUCAAACAUUUGAUGUCUAUCUUAUUCCAUGUCCUGCUGGUACGACAAAUGUCGAACUUCAAGCUGACUGGCACUAUGCUAGUGAAGAUGAAGAUUUGCCUGAUCUUGCUACUGAAGCAGAUCGAGGUCUGCAGUUUAUUCAAAGCCGCAGAAAGGAAAGAGAUCCAUUUGGGUUGUACAAUCAUGUCAUCAUGAACAGUGGUUGUACAGACACCACCAUUUGUAAUGGUGAGCUUAUGCAUGGACUCCGUCAUGCUGAGAAAGAACUUGACAUGCACACUAACGUGGGCAGCAGAGUUCUUGACGAAGAAGGUUUUCUAGGAAGAUUUCCACCUCCAGUUUAUCACGAUGAAGAUGGAAUUGCCAAUGUACUUGCUAUGCGCGAGAUGAUUGCUGCGGGAUGCCGCAUUACUAUGGAUACUGAUGCUGACAAUGCUUUUAUUGUGCAUUGUGAUGGAAACAGAAAGAUGCGAUAA